AUGUUCACUCAAUCACAGGUAGGUAUGAGCACAAUGACGAGUCUGAUGGCAAAGAAAUACGUCCAAGAGGAAAUACGUUACGAUGACAUUGAUGCUAAGUUCGCCAAACGUGAACGCUAUGCCGGCCCGCUAAGUGAGUUUAAAGAGAAGCGUGAUUACAAACCUGACGUACGGCUCGAAUAUGUGGAUGAUCUGGGCCGACGACUGAAUUCGAAGGAGGCCUUUCGGCAGUUGAGUCACAAGUUCCACGGAAAGGGUUCGGGUAAAAGAAAGACGGAGAAACGUAUGAAGAAGAUCGAAGAGGAAUGUGUAAGUCUAUAG